UGGCGGAGGCGGCAAGGGCGGCGGCGGCGGGGGGCCGGGUGGCCGGGGUCCCGGGCCCCGCAGGGGCGGCAGCGGCGGCGGCGGCAGGAUGAUCAAGCUGUUCUCGCUGAAGCAGCAGAAGAAGGAGGAGGAGUCGGCGGGCGGCACCAAGGGCAGCAGCAAGAAGGCAUCGGCGGCGCAGCUGCGGAUCCAGAAGGACAUAAACGAGCUGAAUCUGCCCAAGACGUGUGACAUCAGCUUCUCAGAUCCAGACGACCUCCUCAACUUCAAGCUGGUUAUCUGUCCUGAUGAGGGCUUCUACAAGAGCGGGAAGUUUGUGUUCAGUUUUAAGGUGGGCCAGGGUUACCCGCAUGACCCCCCCAAGGUGAAGUGUGAGACGAUGGUUUAUCACCCCAACAUUGACCUCGAGGGCAACGUCUGCCUCAACAUCCUCAGAGAGGACUGGAAGCCAGUCCUUACGAUAAACUCCAUAAUUUAUGGCCUGCAGUAUCUCUUCUUGGAGCCCAACCCUGAAGACCCACUGAACAAGGAAGCCGCCGAGGUCCUGCAGAACAACCGGAGGCUGUUUGAGCAGAACGUGCAGCGCUCCAUGCGGGGUGGCUAUAUCGGCUCCACCUACUUCGAGCGCUGCCUGAAAUAGGGUCGGCGCAUACCCACCCCUGCCAGGGCCACCAGCCCCGGCGUCCCCUGCAAAUAUUUAUUGGGGGCCACAGGUGGGGGGGGCAUGGGGCAGCCGGUGGGGGAAUCCCAUGCCCUGACCUGCCACCCCUCCCUGCCACCCGCUCCUAGUUGUUUUUUUUUUAAACCACCAUGUGAUUGAGGUCGGCGCUGCCUCCCCCGACCUGCUCAGCGAUGGGAAAUGAAUUGGCUUGUCUAGCCCCACGCUGGGUGCUAUCCAGCCCCCCUAAUCUGGGCUCUGGGGUGGGAGGCCAAGGGUGGCUGGGCACCCGGCACCCCACCCCUGCACCACUGGAGGUCCCGCCAGGCUAUUAAAGGGGAAUGUUACUGCA